AUGAUGAGAAGCCAAUCAAGACAUCAACAAGAUCAUCAGUCCAAGAUUUUCUACGAGUUAUCAGCUUUGGUUUUGAAUAUUAUACGGUCACCUCCGACGCCGAUUGAUUUCUCCGAUGAGAUCCAACCCCGCCGCCGUCCUCCGUCGAGGAUUGAGCCGGCGAUGCAGCAGAUUACGCCGGCUGGAUUUGCAUCUCUGCUUCUUGGGAUUUCUUUGUCUUUAAUGCUGUGCGGAUCGUUGACUUUUUUUAUCGGGUUUAUGUUGAUGCCUUGGGUUCUUGGAUUGCCUGGAAGCUGUUGUGAGACCAUUUUAGUGGUUCGAUUUUACGCGGAAGGAUUUAGCAGCACUCAUAUUCUUUGGCCAUGGUGCUACAUCCUGCUAUGUGGACGAUACAUAAUUGUCGAUAUUUCUUACACGAGCUUGUGGACGUCACAUCUUUGGUUCCACAUAAUGAGCUCUAUUGAGGAAGCUGAUUAG